AUGUUGCCUCACAAGUGGCUUUUACAUAGCCAGAGAAGUGUUUGUGUAGUACUUGGAGUGGAAAAAGAUAUUAAAUAUUGCUGCAAUGUUUUAUAUGAGCUAAAAUUAUUAGAAAAUUUAGUUCUUGUGAUGAUGAAUGUUCGCAAUUCUUUAUUUAUUACUUAUAGAGCAGUGGAUAAUCAUAGCCUAAGAGAAGUGACAUUAAUACCUAACAUUUAUUCUUAA